AUGUCCCUAGAUGAAAACGCCGAUAGUGGCAGCUUCCACGGCAACUCAUCAGCUUUAUCGGAUGUGGCACUUGGGCUCAGCAGGAACUUUGUACGACUCGAUGCGACACAAUUUUUUGCGCGAACCUGGGAGCCGACGUUCAUUGCCUGGACAACGCUUUUGAGCAUUACGCAAAUAAUGCCGAGUGUCCCGCUUACAGUCGACAGCCUCGCCCCGGCUGUACGUGCCCUAGACGGAGUCAUUAGCGGCAAGGAUGACCCAUACCUUCCUCCUAGAUUUGGACAUGUACAUCUAUUCCACUUUCUGGGAUCACUGAAGAGCAGAAUAGAGCGGGAUAAAAAGUGUGGCUUUAUUGAGGCAAAAAAUCACGUUACCAAUGCUGCACUAGCAUAUGAGUUCUAUCGUAACGCGCAAGACAACCCCACCACCACAAGCCGUUUGCGUCGUCUCAGACUCAUAGGAAACCGCUGGAAAGACGCUGUUGGCUCCUCACCAUUCCUAUUGCUAGCGUUCUCCAAAACCGCGGAAUCCUUUGCAAAAUACCCUUCAAAAGCAGACAACAACACAUUUCGAAGCCUGGUUCUGAAGGCUUCAAAUGAUAUGCCGGAGGAGCUGAAGAACGUUUGCCACGAGCUAUCCAUUAUUGCCGAACAUGAGGCUGCCAACAAUUCGUCCCCUGAUGACAUACUAAAGAGUGGGCUGAGGGAUUGUGUGAAAGAAUGUCUCUUGAGGCCCGAAUGA